AUGAAAGCACUUAGAUGCGAUGGUCCAGGUCAAGGCCUUACCCUGAGAGAUGUCGAAAAGCCCAAAGCUACGACGGGAAGCGUCAUUGUCCAAGUCCUAGCAGUCAACAUCGAAUCAUCUGCCAAACACCACAUCUCUGAGCACCCACCGUUUGGCUUUCCCAGACCUUUCACACCCGGCACGCAAGUCAUCGGCCGAGUAUCAGAGCUCGGAUCCGAUGCGACAAAGUUGACCAUCGGCCAGCUCGUCCUGGUCGAUUGCUUCUUCCGUGGCCGCGAUGACCCCGACGUUCAAGUCCUCUGGGGCCUGUCGGAUGGCUUUUCACUCCAGUCCAAGCGCUUCAUGGCCGACAGUUGGCGCCACGCAGGCUUUGCUGAGUUUGCCGCAGCACCUCUCGAGAACGUUUUCGCCUUGAACGAAGACGUGCUCUGUGGCAAGUUGGGCUACGACAUCCCGGAGUUGCUUCUCAUGCAGCUCCAGCUCGUUACGUAUGGAGGCUUUCGCGCCAUUGGCUCCAGGCUGGCGAGAGAGUCAUGUGGCGCCGGAGUAGGCGUAGCGCUCGCUAUGGGUGCGCAAGUCGUUGCGCUUGGGCGCAACCUUGAAUCGCUGAAGGAGCUGCAGCAGCAGUAUCCACAAGUCGACAUCAUGCAGAUCACGGGCGAUGCUGACAAGGACACCGCCACGCUACAGUCCUUCGGGGUCAUCGACGCGUACCUUGACAUCUCGCCCGCUUCAGCAGCACAGUCAACUCAUUUCGCCAGCUGCUUCAGCGCUCUACGACCAGGCGGCCGUGCAGCACUGAUGGGUGUUGUUGGCAGCAGUCUACCGGUCCCAUACGUCUCGUUGAUGAUCAAGAAUAUCACCAUCAAAGGCCAGUUCAUGUACCGCCGCGAAGACGUUGACGGGCUGAUCAGGUUGGCGGAGUCUGGCGUUUUGAAGCUUGGCAGGGCGGGUGGGAGUGAGGUGGUCAGGAGCUUCAAGCUCGAGGAGGCAGAUGAGGCGCUGGACUUUGCCGAAAAAACGAGGGGCGUUGGGAGGCUUGUCGUGUUUGAGCCGUGA